AUGUCGGAGCUUCUUCCCCCGUGUAAGAGUGAGGUGGAGGAGGACAUUCCAGGAGAUGUCACCACAGAAAAUCCCAGCAAGAAUUCUGAGGAAAAAAUUUUAUCACUAAAGGAUGAAGAUAUCCUGCAGCGGUCUUCUGGAGAAAACAUCAUUACCUUUAUUGUAUAUCCAGGACUUAACAGUACAGAUAUAUCCUAUAAUCCUCCUAAUCAUGGGGGACCUUCUCCUGACCAAUCACAGAUUGUUAUCACAAGUACAAGUGAGAAAAGGGGUGAAAGGUUUCAUUGUGGUAAAGAGUUGACAGAAAGCUCAGGUAUUUUUACACACAGAGGAAUUCACACAUUAGAGAAGCCAUAUUCAUGUUCAGAAUGUGGGAAAUGUUUUAAAUAUAAAUCACAUCUUGUUAUACAUGAAAGAUGCCACACAGGAGAGAAGCCAUAUUCAUGUUCAGAAUGUGGGAAAUGUUUUAAACGGAAAACACAGCUUUCUACACACAAUAGAAUUCACACAAGGGAGAAACCAUAUUCAUGUUCAGAAUGUGGGAAGUGUUUUCCAAAUAAAUCACAACUUGUUACACAUGUGAGAAUUCACACAGGAGAGAUGUAUUCAUGUUUAGAAUGUGGGAAAUGUUUUAUACAAAAAUCGCAUCUUGUUAGGCAUGAGAGAACUCACACAGGAGAGAGGCCAUAUACAUGUUCAGAAUGUGGGAAAUGUUUUAUAGAAAAAUCAUAUCUUGUUACACAUCAGAAAAUUCAUACAGGAGAGAAGCCAUAUUCAUGUCCAGAAUGUGGUAAAUGUUUUACACGGAAAUCACAUCUUGUUACACAUCUGAAAAUUCACACAGGAGAGAUGUUGUCAUGUUUAGAAUGUGGGAAAUGUUUUAUACAAAAAUCACAUCUUGUUAGGCAUGAGAGAACUCACACAGGAGAGAAGCCAUAUUCAUGUUCAAAAUGUGGGAAAUGUUUUACAAUAAAAUUACAUCUUGUUAAACAUCAGAGAAUUCACACAGGAGAGAGGCCAUAUACAUGUUCAGAAUGUGGGAAAUGUUUUAUACAAAAAUCAUAUCUUGUUACACAUCAGAAAAUUCAUACAGGAGAGAAGCCGUAUUCAUGUUCAGAAUGUGGAAAAUGUUUUAGCAAUAAAUCAAAUCUUGUUACACAUAAGAGAAUUCACACAGGAGAGAAACCAUAUUCAUGUUCAGUAUGUGGGAAAUCUUUUAGACAAACAUCCGCUCUACAUAAACAUGAAAGAAUUCACUCAGGGGCAAAGCCGUUUUCAUGUUCAGAAUGUGGGAAAUGUUUUAAAGAUAAAUCAGAUCUUGUUACACAUGAGAAAAUUCACACAGGAUAGAAAUGAUAUUCAUGUUCGGAAUGUG